AUGAAUAGCUUCUUAUGGGCCGUCCUCCUCAUCCUCUCCCUCAUACCCCUCCUCAUCAUCCGGUUUCGCAAAGGCUUCCUAGCGCCACUGCUCCAGCGCAUCCUCCCCAAUGCCGGCUGCAGCACGGAUGUCAAGCGCAUGGCGCCGUACCCGGCGCAACCCAUCAAAGGCCGCGAACGAUACCGGGUCAUGAUGGACAUCCGCAAGCUGGACGUGGCCAACUGGCUCACCGUCGACAAGAACUACAUGGACGAGCACCAGGUGCGCAGCCGCCUGCUGAAGGAGGAGCGCGACCAGGUCCUGCAGUGUCUGCCCGAGUCGUACGACGCGUGCCUCGAGGCGCUGGAGGAAGUCGUCGAGUUCUUGUGCCAGCGCUUCCCGAAUGUCUUUGAAUGCAAGAAAUCCGGCGACGAGUCGACGAUCCACAACCGCAUGACCGGGGAGACGUUUGUGUUUGGUGGGGAGAAUACGCAAAUGGAUCCGUUGGAGAUUGCGGUGCGCCUCACCAUGGAGGAUCUGAGUAUCCUGAUGCAGAGAGAGGAUGGCGAAUUCUACUUAGCCGCCAGCGCCAGUCUCUUCCCCGUCGGCUGGACAGUCAAAGAACGCAUCGGAUGGACCAUCUCCCAGCUACAUAACCCCGUCCCUCUGUGGCAUCAACAGGUCGCCAACUCCGUCAGCAAAUUCCUCGCCCGCCUCACCCCAGCCUCCCCCAUGGAACGCUCCAACUACUUCGUCGAGGUCAAACGCCCCAACGAAACCCUCUUCGAGAUCCUCUACCGCCCCACCACCCUUUCGGAGGAAAACCCCAGCCCAGCCCCGGAGGACAUCGUCAUCCGUCGCGAGCGCCAGACCUUCCGCCGCCUGCCCCGCACCGGCACCAUCGUCUUCGGCGUCAAGACCUUCCUCACCACCCUCGACGAGCUCCCCAUGCAGGAACUGCGCAAUCUCGCAAAGGAGACCCGCAGCUGGCCCGAUGUCAUCGGCGAGUACAAGGGCCGCGAGGUCUGGGGGCCCAAGGUCCUGGAGUUUUGCGAGAGGAAGACCGGUGCGUUACUGGACGAGAAGUUGGAGGUAUAG